AUGCAUAAGAUAGAUACGAUUAGCGCGUUGCGCGAAGCUACGGAGCCUGGCGUGAUAACGCGAAGUAUGCUUGUUUCUCUAGCGAUAGAUCAGGGACCAAAGAAAGAAGGCGGCAGACUGUUUGUUCAAGACGGAAUCGAACUGGACAAAUUGGAGGAAAUUCGAAUCGAGUUUCUGAAGAUUUUAAAUAUCGAUCACCUCUGGUUGUUGAAAAGUCUAGUUAAACUAUCACUGUCUCAUAAUGUUAUUCAAAGAAUCGAAAAUCUGGACGAGCUUUGCCACUUGAAGGAACUGAAUCUUUCGUUUAAUAACAUCAAAAUUAUGGAAAACUUGAAUAAUCUACAUCAGCUAGAAAUUUUGCUUUUAUAUAGUAACGAGAUCUCAAUCGUACAGAAUAUAAGCGAUUUAAAGAAGCUGAUCAUUUUGAACAUUGGUAAAAACAAGAUCGAUGACUGGGAGCAUGUUGUAUAUCUCCAUGACUUUAAAUCGCUCAAAAGUUUAAACACAUGCGAUAAUCCUUGUACAAAGAUAGACGGAUACUUGGACUAUUUGUUCGCAUUUAUGCCUCAAUUGACAUAUUGUCAAUAUAAAAUGAUAUCCGAAAACGAGCGUCAAUCUGCCAUCGAUAAGCAUUAUCGUAUAAUUAGUAAUCUCAAAGAAAACGAGGCAAAAAUACAAACAGAAUUGGAGUUGCAACAAGAAUUUGAAAAUAAAACCUUAUUACUAUUUGCAUCAUACGUGGAGCAUCUUGAUGAAGAUUAUUUGUUCCAACAAAUAUUUUCUUCUGAUAAAGCAGGUAGAACGUUAUCCACGAUAAAUGAAAAUACACAAAAUGCAUUCGAGGAGUACAAAAAGUCUUUCGUUGCAAUAUGUCACGAAUUAUGUGAACUAGGUUUACAAGAGAAUGAUAGAAGAACGGAGGAAAUAAGAUUAUUUGAAACUGCUGUUAAUGAAGGCAAGACAAAUAUGCAAAAUGAAGCAAGAAGAAUUGUGAAUAAAGUACUUGAAAAAAGGACAACGAUAUUUGCAAAUAUAAAAGAUGAGAUGGAAACUUUGGUAAAAAAACAAGAGCAAGAAGUUGAGAGUGUCAUCGCAAAAACAAGAGAACUGUUUAAUGAAUUCAAUGAUUUAUUGUCCAAGACACAAAAUCAGUUAAUGUCUAAAGAAAUUAUACUGCAUGAGCAAAUAGUGGAUAUAAACGAAGUAUUCAGGAUGAAUAUAACAGCUAUGGUCAACUCGUUCCUAGAAACUGCACGAGAAAACUUUUCGUUAUUACGAAAUGCAGAGAAAGAAUAUAAUAACAUAAUUGAAUUAGUUUUACAAUCUCUAAGUGAUUUUGAGAACGAGGCAUUUCUUAAGGAUCUGUGCUGCGAUAAUGAUACUUUGGCUACUAUUCUUACUGCCUCGUAUGAAACACACUUACAAGUGAUAGAUAAUCGAGAGAAGCACAUGAUAAAUCGACUCAAUAAUUGGCUUAAAGAGUAUAUCAAUCGAUUAUUUGCGGAUGAGAAUAAAAGGAAUCGUCAACAAAUAGUGGAAAUAUCGCAUUUUUUUGAAUAUCAACAUCAACAACUUAAUUUGAUAAGCUCACCACAACAGUUAGGCUUGGCAGGCAUUGAUCUCGAUGAUGACGAUAUAUUGGAAAAUUAA